CUAAUCUUCUCCUGACCAACUCCUAGUAUUCUGAGUUGAUCAUGCCGUCGGUCCAUUCUACUCUGUACACAACAUAUACUUUCCUCACUCUCCCGGCACGUUUGGUGACCUGGUGGCUAUAUUAUAUCCCCAAGUCUAACCGUCCCAGCGGUCCAGUCCAUGCCGGUUGGCGCUGUCUGGUACCCGACUGUCCCAGUCCAGCCACCGCGAAAGCUCAUCAUCCAUUUCCACCCAAGUGCCUAUGUGCUCUUCGGCCCGCGACCUGGAGAUGGAUGUGGCUGGGGGCCCACGAAAUUCAGUAGGCUCUCGGGAUGGCCAAUACUUUCGAUCCAAUACCGGCUCUCCUUAGACGCAGACAAAACCUUCCCAGCCGCCGUCCAGGACGGAAUCACUGCCUAUAUCUACGCGUUAAGAGACCCUCAAAAUCCCACCAUCCCAGAUCGUGCUCUCGGGCGAGUCCGCAGGUGGGAAUCUCAUUCUAGCGAUGCUCCGGUAUAUCACCACAGAGAACCAGGCGAUACUUCUACCUCGCUGCGCGCUGUUAUGGUCCCCGUGGGUUGAUAUGACCCAGAAGGCUCUUCUGAAUAUGGAAAAACACCGCAAUUACAAGUCCGAUUAUAUUGAAUAUGAUUUCGGUUCCUGGGGUGUCAGUAGCUAUAUCCCCCCCUGGCUGGUCUGACAGUAAUCCCUAUUUGUCGCCGCUGGGCAGCGAGUACCGAUUGGGUGUUCCGCUUUUCAUUGAAGCUGGCACG